CGCAGCAGCAGCAGAACUGGAAGAAGAAGCAGAAGACAGCCAGUUCCACUGUGGGCCUGAUAGAAUCCCUCCGGGGGCCUCACCCCUGAAAUCUAGUGGCAACAAAUGGAAGCGCAGCUCCAUUGGACUCUUGGUUCUCCUGGUGAUCUCAGUCACUACGAAUAUCUGUCUGUUGGCAAAGCUGCAUCGGAUGCCCGCCGCUCCUAGCCCGCCGGAUACCAUUUCAGGCUCCUCGGACACCGGUCCCUGCCCCCAAGUCUGGAUUAGAAAUGGUGGACGGUGCUACUUUUUCUCUAGUGCUGAGAAGACUUGGGACGCCAGCCAGACCAAUUGCUCUACCCAGGGAGGUUUCCUGGUGGCCAUGGAUACUCCGGAGGAAAGGGACUUUGUUUUUGGCUCUCAACCUCCUACUUAUUUCUGGCUUGAUGCCUGUAAAGAAGACGUAGGAAAGCCCUGGAAACGGGCCGAUGGAUCCCUCUUCAACAACACGUUUCCAAUUGUGGGUGAAGGCCUCUGUGCCUACAUGAACGAAAGAACCCCCAGUUCAACGUGGUGUGAUAGCAACCGACAGUGGAUCUGCACCAAACCAGAAGACUCAUUCUAGAACAAUAUAUAUGCAUCCCCAAGCCCCAGUCAGCAGUUCUGAGCAAAGGACCCAGCCAUGACACUGCUGACCCUUAAGGGAUUUUACAUGGGCCCCGGUCACACGG